AAGCUGAGAUAUAACUUAUUCACUUUUACUAUUUUUAUCAUCCGAUUACAGGUCGGAGCCAUUCCUGUCUUUAGUCGCUCCAAUUGGAGCGACUAAAUACAGGAAUGGCUCCGGUCUCUGAUCGUUCGCCUGAACUGAGCCCAGACUGACCAAUUGAGUUUAGUCAGAGGAAUUUGUCAGCGGAUAACUUAGUCAUCGCCGGAUCACCGUUGAACUACCUCGCAGAACAAGAAAGGCCCAUCCCCUCGUUAUGUACAAGAAAACAUGGCUUCCGUCCUUGUGGCAAUUCGCAAGCGCUGCGGUCCCUGCCUGGCUUUGUUUGUGUUAGUUACCAUUCUACUCGUUUAUCAUGUUAUUUAUCACGUGAGAGAUAAGCAUAGAAGAGAAAUAAGAUUCCUGACGUACAACAUUUGGAAGUCCCCUUUAAAGAUGCGAGAUAGGAUGGAAGCGCUCGGGGAAAUUGUACAGGAUCUCGAGCCAGAUGUCAUCACAUUUCAAGAAGUCACGCUAGACAACCUGGCAGUUCUGAGAGAACAGCGCUGGUUUUCUCGCUACCACCUUAUUCCUCAAGGCGUUUUUAAAUCCGAUGGAAAACAUUUUGUCAUUAUUUUGAGUGUUUUUCCCGUUGAGAAAUGGCUAGUUCAUCCAUUCUCAAAUUAUAACGAUUCAACAUCGGACCGAAGACUUGUUUUCGCAGAAGUAAGGAACACCAUUCCUUCUUCAGAUGUUAUUUUUGGCUUUGCAGGAACACAUUUGGCAUAUCGUCGCUUCGACUCUAUUGAACGCGAACAACAGUUGAAAGAAUCAUUUCACAUUAUCUCUCCUAACGACAACGUUUGUGUCAUGGGAGAUUUGAACAUCCAUGAUGAUGUUGACGGCGAAGUUGUGAUGCCACCGGGUUGGUUUGAUGUUUGGCUAUCGAUAUCCGGAAAUUUCAACAAAAAUGGGUUCACGUCCGAUCGGGAAAAAAUGUCAAUAAUGAAAGGUCCUGCAGUUAAUGCAAAGAGUCACAAGGCGCGCUAUGAUCGUGUCUUUUGCAAGCUAUUGGAUUUCAAGGUUAAAGAAAUGAGAAUUGUUGGCGAUGAGGUGACAAGAACCGGUAUAUUUCCUAGUGAUCAUUUCGGUCUAUAUGUAGUCAUUGAACACAUUGAGAAACCUGGACAUGAAAAACAGGAACAAACAUCACAAACUGUGAAUCAAGUUUAUUUUAAGAGACCAAAAGGCUGGGAAAAAUUAAUUGUCAAUAGGUAAGUGAUAAUUGAGGCUAGUACCUUCGUGUUACCUGUAGUUCAAUUUUCUGUCAUUGUAUUUGUAUUAUAAGAAGUAUGUUAAAAAAUACUCUAAAAUAUUGUUAGCGCCUCUAGUUUGUAAGUAUUAUUUCCAGAAUUAACACUGUAAGUAUAAGGCAUGGCUAUUUAAUUCAUCACCGAUACAGUCAUACUGCUUGUUAAAUGCAACUGUGGAAAAGAAACAGAUGUAUAGAUCAGAAUACUACAUCUUACACCGUUUUUUUUUCUUAAUUCUUAAUUUAGUUCUUUUUUACUUGGGUUUGCCGUGCAUGGAACAAAUUAACUCUCAGCAUUAGGGAGUCUAACACCUUACCAGCCUACUGCAAGAGAAUAUUUAAUUAUUUUUAGGUUAUUAAGUUCAGUGCCAAUUUCUUAUUGCAAGAAAUUACUUAAUUUUUUUAUGAUAACCUCAGUGUCAAUUUUUAUCAUAAUUUCCUUAUCCCUUUUAUGAGUUUAGAGCAGUAUUUUUUUAACUAAUUUUUUAACCAGGUAAAUAAUUGAGGCAGCUAAUUGUGAGGAAUCUUGUAUUCUGUUUUAAGCUGUUCUCAAAUGGAUUGAAUUGACUUGUGCAAUUUGACCAAAUUGUAAUUUGUAUUAAAGAUUGGAAUUUGUA